CGAAAAUAUGACGAGUGUGUGUGCCGUUGUGUUGGCUACAAUCCACCGUGCCGUGCUUCACCGGCACGCUAGCAAUCGCGCGGCGGCGGCUCGUACCAUAUUCCAUUUGACAUUAUAAGUAUGUUGUUUAUUGUAGAUACGUAAGUACGGCAAAAAACGCCGGCCACGUCAUUCCGCCGUAGCAGAGACCGUGUUAUCUCGUGUCUCGUCCCGACCAAACGUCCCCUAAUAAAUCGUAAAUAUUACCUUCCCGUUCAAAACUUACAUUUUACUCACCAUCUGGUUUUUAAAUUUAAGUUAUUCAACGUUUUAAGUUUCUUCUCCUCACAACCGAUCGUCUUCUUAUCCCUUCCUAAAAAACUUCCGGUCCCUUCCCGUACUUACUAGUACACGCGUGCACGUACACACGCACACACCAACGCGCGCAUACGUACGUAUGACAGAGACGCUUUCGUGAUACACGUAUUCCAGAAGUAAAUACGUUGUUUUGAAACUUGUGCCCACCGCAAUUACCUAACUACCUAAUUACUAGUCAAUUCUGAAACAAGAUGAACAUAUUCAGACUUUGCGGCGACCUGUCGCAUUUAUUAGCCAUCCUAUUGCUGUUGGUCAAGAUAUGGAAGACCCGAUCUUGCGCUGGUAAUAUUUAAGUUUAUUCAACAGUAUUAUGAUCCACCUAUUUUUAUUUUAUUAUUGUUUCUCUCCGGUCAUCCUGAAGGUGGCAGUCUCGACAACCGGUUUAUAGUCAUUGUCCGAAAUUGUCGCUGCCAUCGACCGACAUUAAUAAUGUGAUCCGAGGGAUGAUGCGAAUGAGUUUCACGUAUCGUCUUCGAUAAUCUUAUUACAUUUCCUAAUUAAGCUCUACCAACUUAAUCUAAAUCUAAAUCUAAAUCUGGGUCUAUAUAGAUUACUGUUUUCAAGUUACAGUCCAUGUCAACUGUUCAUGUUCAAUUUUUUCUUACAAUAGUGUAGUAUGGUUUGAUUAAGAGACAACCAGUUAAGUGAUGAUUUGUAUUACGUGUUCAAUUAUAGAUUUAUUUCUAUAAAAAAAUUACCUACAAACAUAGUAUACCUAACAUUUUUUUUUUUUUUGAAUAUGUAACCCAUAAUAUAAAUUAUGGUUCAACAGGUUUUUAUUGUGUCUACUUUGUAGUUCUAAAAUUCUAAUUGUGUCAUAAGUAUUAUAAUUUUUGUUUUUAUUCUGUUCCUCAUUAAUACAGUUAAUAGUAUUAUUAAUGAGGCUAUCAUAUUUGUAUUAAAAUAGUAAUCUAAAAACUUGUGUCCACUUAAAACCCUUCAAUUCUGUUAUAAACAAUAAUAUGAUAUAAUAUAAUUAUUAUAAUAUUGAGUUGUCAUAAGUUUAUGACUUGAUUAUAUUUUUACGUACUAACUAAUUAUGAAUGUAAAUUUGUAUAUUACUUAAAAACAAAUCAAAUUUAAUAUUUAGGAUACUUAUAAAAUAUUAAAAUUUGAGUGGAUACCUAAUUUUAUUAUCUAAAUAUAUUCAUAUAUUAAAUAUUGAUUGAUAGUUUAAUACUAGUUGGGUAUUUAGUUUUAGGUAGUAUUGUAAACAAGUAUACAUUUUAAAAUAUAGGUAAUUGUAAUUUUUAUUUUUUAGGUAUUUCAGGAAAAUCUCAGAUACUUUUUGCAAUUGUUUAUACAACAAGAUACUUGGAUUUAUUCACUAGUUUUGUAUCUAUAUAUAACAGUGUUAUGAAGAUAGUAUUCCUAUCAGCUUCAUACGGAACAUUAUAUUUAAUGUUUUAUAAAUUUAAGCCAACAUACGACCACAACCAUGAUAGCUUUAGGUACUUAUUUAUUUAUAACUUUUUAAACUUAUUAAAAAAAAAAUUACACAUUAACAACUUGAUCAAUUUUUAUUUUCCAGAAUCUUAUACUUAAUUGUGCCAGCAUUGGUACUAUCAUUUGUUAUUGUACACGCCUAUACAUUGAUGGAGGUUAGUUGUUAAACUAAUAUUUAUACAUGUAUAACAUUAAUCAUUAUUAGUAAUACCUGUUUUGAUUUAUAGGUUUUGUGGACAUACAGUAUUUAUUUAGAAGCUGUAGCAAUUAUGCCACAAUUGUUUAUGGUAUCAAGAACAGGCGAAGCAGAAACAAUUACUUCUCACUAUUUGUUUGCUCUAGGCUCAUACAGAGCACUCUAUAUAUUAAAUUGGAUUUACCGUUAUUACACAGAGGAUUUCCUAGAUUUGAUUGUAAUCAUUGCUGGAAUUGUACAAACCAUAUUGUAUUGUGAUUUUUUUUAUCUUUAUAUUACCAAAGGUUUGUAACUAGGAAUUUAUUUUAUUUUUAAAUUUACUUAUUAUUUGUAUUUACUCUUAUUUUUGCAGUACUAAAAGGAAAACGACUGUCCUUACCUGUUUAAAAUUGGAAGGAAAACCUAAGACCAAUAUUAUAAUAAACUGCGUCAUCAUGUGAACAGACUAUUUGUAUGAUUAAACUUUUUUUCAUGUGAAUUUUAUUUUUGUACAUAAAUAAAUUACUUACCUACAUGGUAGUGUGUUAUACUGUAGGUUAUUGGAUAUCCUAUAAAUUAUUUAAUUUUGUUCCGAACUCUCACUGUGUAAGAUAUUUACAACAUAAAAUUAUCAAUUGUGAUAAUACAUUUUCUCUUUUCUUCUUUAUAGCACAAUAUUUUCAUUAUACAAAUAUAUGUAUAUAUUGUAAAUAUAUAUAUGCAUAUAUUUAUAUUUUAGUG